AUGCAGAGAUUAAAGAAAUUUCUUUCGAAAAGACACUCAACGCACGGCCCUGGGAUAUCUGCCCCGGAGCCAACCCCGGCGAAUCCUCCGACUUCAUCUUCAACUGAUACUCGCACAUUUUCUCGCGGCAGCAUCGACCUUUCUAGAAUUGAGAGACUACCCUUCGAGAUCCGGAAUGAGAUAUUGCUUGCAGUAGAUUCCAUUGCUGAUCUUUCUUCGUUGCUGCAUGCCUCACCUACCUUUCAUCAGCAGUUUCGGCUUGACCGAGCAUUCUGGUUAUGGCAUUGCUUAAAGCAAGAAGUAGGCAAUGUAAUUAUUGAUGCUUACAAUGUCAAUAAUUUGAAAACGCCUGAGUUUCAGUCAACAAGGACCCGCCAGAAAGUGCUUCUAUACGUCGAAGAUUAUAAACAACAGCGGUCCGAGGGAAUUGAGUCACUUGCUCAACCGCCUGAGGACUAUGUUAUCCGUAUCGUGUCCUUUCAUACCUCCGUCAUCCGUGCCCUGAUGCAUCAAUACGCUGCAUGGGCCCGAGCCAACUUGGAAGGCCUGGCUGAGCCACAGGAACUCAGUAGAACAGAAGCGACACGCAUUGUGCGUGGCCUGUACCGGUUCCAAAUAUUCUGCAGCCUCUUCGGCCCAGCACGUGGUGGCUACAACUACUACUUCUAUGAGGAUAGGAUCAUGAAUGCUGGACAGAGGCUUCAGCAGCUUGAUGACCUUUACGAGGCUUGGGAGAUCGAAGAGAUUCUAUGCAUCAAUGCAUUUGUGCAUGCCAAAUACCGUCCCUUGUUUGAACAGGUUGAAUGGGACUUGAAUCCGGACAACCCUUCAUUCGACGACAAACGGACAGGUCCGCACACUCCUCCAGGGGCGUUCCAUCUAUCCAGCCGUAUGUUUGGAGAUUAUUACAGGAAUGGCAUAGUCUGCAGAGGACUGCCAGUUCUAUUUGCCGCUUUAAAAAUUCCAAGUCAUGUCGAACUAGUAAAGCUAAUAGCAGAUAACGUUGUCUCGGUGGCAGACGACAUGAUCUCCGAAACCACAAGGCCUUAUCACCAAGACAUAAGACGCGACAACCACUAUUCCGAUCGCGACAAAGCACAGGACAACCGAGAUAGAAUGUGCUUCGAAGGAGAAAGCUAUGAUUCACCUCCAUUCGCAUGGGUAGCCUUCUGGAAAGAGUCGUAUAGCAACCUCUAUGGCGAUUAUAUACCGCAGUCGUUUCAUACCUGGGGGUAUGUUAUGUGGGACAAGACUCGGCUCGCCAACGCUGAUGCUGCUGCCAUAAUCAAUCGGGAGUGGGAUGCUAUGUAUAAUAGGCCCAAUGACGAAGGGAUACCAGAGGAUCCGAGGGAUGAGUGGACGGCUCUUUGA